AUGGCGGCACCUUCCUGCGGAGGUAAAAUGGCGGCCGUUCCCGCCGGCGCCGUUCCUCCUCCUCCGCCGUAUUGUGCUCCCCCUCGUGUCCAGGCAGAUGGCUCUCCUCCCCCUCCGAUUUCCCUGUAUACAUUGUCUAAUAUAACCUGGGUGCUCCGUGGCGAUAUCUACCCAGACAUCAAUAUACACAAAUUGAUCAGGGUGGGGGACUCGGUAGACGGUGGCUCGAACAGCGAAGAGGACGGGCAAAUCAAAAAGUGCCCUCGGCCGGCCAACCGACAUCAAAGGUCGGCCAUUCAAGUUCGCUCAGGGUCCGGAGGAACUCGGGGUCUGGCAGUGGCCCACCAUAUCCCCUCGCUCGUCUCUGAAAGUCCGAGAAGUUGUUCAGCAAGCAAUCUAGCGGAGAGCCAGGCACGGAUUCUCGCUGACCCAUUUGUGCACGCCGAAAAACCUCAGGGAGCUUGGAAACGAGAAUGUUUACUCAGUGGGAAAAUUGAGUCUCAGAAAAGCCCGGUGACCUGUUCAAAGCCAGUAAAAGCCUUUAAACACCCUCAGAAUCAAGAAGUAAUGUUUGCCAAGUAUCUGCAUCACUCCCUGGACAAUCUAGAGGAGGUCCAGACUAACUUGGGACUGGUCCCCCUGCGGUGGCUGAUGAGGUUCCAGAUCCUUUAGGCUUCCUAUAAAUCCUACCAGGGCUUCCACCCUGCUCCUCGCCCCUUGUGCUGCCAGUCUUUAUCAGCAACUGGAGCCCUGAGAUGGAGUAACCAUGAUAUACCCUAGGAAUUUAACUUUGUGAGUGAUGUAGUGGACUACUGGACUGAAAUGGAGAAGGAAGGCAAAAGAGGCCCAAACCCAGUCCUGUGGUGGGUGAAUGGGCAAGGAGACCAAGUAAAGUGGAGGUUCAGAGAGGUGACCAACUCAACCUGCUGUGCAGCCAACGUCCUCACACAGGCCUGUAGCCUCCAGCAGGGAGACCGGCCAGCCUGGAUGCUGCCUCAAGUACCUGAGUGGUGGCUCGUGCGUGGCCCUGGGCUGCAUACGAACAGGUUUGGGGUGAGGCUGGGAUUUCAUAUCAUGACCAAAUAUGCCCUUGCCCCAGAGGUGGACUCUGUGGCUUCUUCUAAGUGUCCUGCUCUGAAAACCAAGCUCCUGGUGUCUGACCACAGCUGCAGAGGGUGGCUGGACUUCCGAUCUCGAUUCAGUGAAUCAGCAUCUUCAGAUCACACCUGUAUUAAGUCAAAGACCACAGACCCAGUGGUCAGACUCAGUGGGACCACAGGCUUCCCCAAGAUGGCAAAACACAACCAUGGACUUGCCUUACAAUCCUCCUUACCUUCAUGGUCCAGCCUGAGCACCUUCAUAGAAGGUGUGGAGGAAACGUGGGUGGAGGCAGCAGGCAUUCUGCAAGCCACGCAGCUGAAGACGUGUGAUGUCUUCUGGUGCCUAUCAGAUCCAGGCUGGAUUGUAGCUGCUUUGGGUCUGUUUGAAGCAUGGGCAUCAGGGUCUACGGCCUUCAUCCAUCAUCUGUCCCUGUUUGACCUUAAGGUCGUUGUACAGAACAACCCAGUGAAGACAGCCCAAAAGGAGUAUGGGGACGUUUUCAACACUGGGGACAAAGCAACUAUGAAUGAAUAGGGCUAUAUCUGAUUCCUGGGGAGGGAUGAUGACACCGUCAACCCUUCUGGGUAACACACUGGGCCAGCAGAGGUGGAAAGCACCCUGGUCAAACAUCUGGCGGUGGUGGGGUCAGCUGUGGUUGGCAGCCUGGACUCAAUUCAAGGAGAGGUGGUGAAGACUUUUAUUGUCCUGGCCCCACAGUUCCUAUCCCAUGACCUGGACCAGCUCACCGAGGAGCUGCAGCAGUACGUGAAGUCGGUGACAGCCCCAUACAAGUACCCAAGGAAGGUGGAGUUUUUCCCCAAGCUGCCCAAAACCCUCACUGGCAAGAUUAAAAGAAAUGAACUUCCAAAAAUGAAGUUUGGUCAGAUGUAA